AUGGGAUGCGAAGUGGCUGGCGAGGACUUUCUGAAUAAUAAUGGGGUGGUCUCGGUGCUGUUAGAGACGCCAUCUGGCUUCGCGGUUUUCUAUUUCUGUGGGCUCUACCUCUACGCACCGGAUGCAAUGCAAAGUCUGUGGGUACACUUCGCUACAUUUCCUAGAGCAAGAAAAGUUGUUUGGCUGAAGGAGUUCCAAACUUUUGACGACAAGUCCAGCGCCAUUAAUGCUGACACUGGUAUUAACACACAGCUUACUGAGAUGAUCAUGAAGUUGCGCAACCCUGGGCAGGAACUACUUGUCGAAAAACCGGAAUAUAAAUCAAUAAUUCAAACAUGCUUGGGAAUACCCUGCCUGCAUAAUGAAAUUGUGAUGGAGCUAAUGUGGGGGAUGAAGCGUCUCAUGCGUAGUUUGGUGCGCAAGGAAAAGUCAGAGCUUCCUAAAGAGGAUCGCGUCCCAAUGAGCCAAGGACUACAAAUGCUAUUGAGUCGUUACGGCUUUGAUGUCGAACCAGAGAUGGUCAAUGAGCAGAUCGUUGUGACUGCAUCUGUCUUGUUUAAUUGUGAUGCCGUUGAGGAAGAACAUUACCCAGGCUUUCGAGCUAUUGGUCGCCACCUUAGGAAAAUUUCUGGCAUUGACUGCGAGAAUUGGGGCGUGCUGAAACUUGCGACAGCUUUUAACAUCAUAUGCAGCCAUGAAAUCGGUGAUUCCAAUGAGAUGUUUUCACAGGACGUGCAAACGAAGUUGCUGGAAGACGCAGAGAAAUACGAAUAUAAGAUAGACAAGUUAAUCUGCAUGCUGUACUACAAACAACUAGUGUCUAACCAUCAAAUCAAGACUCGUCACAGAGAUAUGUUGGCGAUCUUGGUAAAGAAAGCUAAAGAAGCCCAUGAGAAGAAAUGAACACCCUGCUACUAAAUAGUUGGGUUUGUCAACUGUGAGCUUUUGGGGUACGCAUGCAGCUUAAUGCAGGUUUUUUUGUAGCCCUUAGAGUUGCGAUCUUGGUUGGCUUCUAAAAUAACAUUUAUACAUCUUUCGUACUCGAGCCUUUGGCAAAGGCUGCUGCUGCAAAACAUCGCACAGUGACAGUUGACUUGACCAGUGACCAUCAACUAUUCCUAUUUAGCUUUA